GAGUCAUCAUAUAAAACGCCAUUCUACCCGGAUCCUACCACUAACUUGAAGGUCAACUUGAACUUGUUCUUACUAUCGUGCUAAACUGUCUGGUGAUUGGCCCACACUCGUCGCCAUGAUCCCAAUCUUCAAGUCUUUGCGCAAAGGCGCCAGGAGAUCUGCCGUUUCUGCCAUUCGCUCUCGCCGCGAAAGUGUCGAUCCCGAAUUAAAGUUGCCUGAAACAGCUUCCCUUGUCAUAAUGAUCGUCGCAAACAUACUGCUCCAACUUUCCUUUUUUAUAAUCGUUUCGUCCUCGAAUAAGUAUGCCGAGUACUUGGGAGGGACCUCUACAUUUUCUGGAAUCGUCAUCGGUAUCCCGACCGUCGCCUCUGGUAUUGUGCUGAUACCCAUGACCAGAUAUGACAAAGGGGGCUACAAGAUGCCACUUCACGUCGCGUGUGGAUUCUCGAUCAUAGGCCACAUCUUAUAUGCGACUGCAUACCAGGCGCAUUUUCUGUAUCUUAUUCUUAUCGGUCGUAUCGUCGGUGGCGUCGCAUUCUCUGGGUUCAUGUACUGUAAACGAUACUGCACCGAUCCUCGCAUCGUCGGUGUCCGUCGCAGGACCACACUCGCCAGCUGGCUUGUAAUAGGUCAAGGCCUUGGAAUGACCCUUGGUCCCUUCGCUGGUGGCUUGCUAUACAAAAUCGGUUUCGCGAACUCCGUUUUUAACGGCUUCACCAGUCCCGGAUGGGUCAUGGCUGGAGUUUGGGCCGUAUUCUGGGUUUGUGUGACCGUCUGGUACAAGGAUGUACCGACGGAAUCCGACGACGUAGAACUGCGAUCAGUAGGAGACCCGACUCCGUCUCCACAGCUCGAAAAAGCAGCUGGCAAUGACAAUUUGCCGGUCCUGGCCUCGUCAUCUGCUCUCGAAGAGCCCGAGGUCGUUCCAGCCACCCCUGUAGCCCCUGUAGACGAAGCCCUCAAUCAAAAUCUGAGCAGCCAAAUUUACCGUGUGACAUCAGCCCAAUGGGGUGUUAUUGUAUGCAUGUGCUGGUUCGCGAUGGCGAACUUCUUUAUUCUGGGUUCCUGGGAAGCGAAUCUCCCGGUCCUAGGUGCUAGCAUGCCUCAACUCAACUGGUCGCCAUAUGCUGCCGGUAAUUUCAUUGCUUUGGGUGGAAUCACGACGUUCCCUUUCCUCUUGGCCAACUUGCUUCUCUCACAGCGGUUGCAGGACCGAAAGCUGCUUGCCUUCGGAUCGGCGGUUGGUCUCACUGGCCUGCUGAUCGCCUUAUCGCUCCUCCGUACCAGCAAGGUCAACUACGGGAGCCUUUUCGCGUGCUGGUGGCUAGUCGCACUAGGCUUCAACCUCGCCACCACCGUCACGCUGAGUCUGCUCAGUAAGCAACUUCCACCCGAGUGGAAUGGACGGACAUCUAUGGCUAUUCAAUACAGCAACUACACGGGGAGGGUGACUGGAGCAGUCUGGGGCGGAAGUGGGGUGCGAGUGGGCAUGCUGAACUUUGUUGGUGUCGAGAUUGCCAUCGUGGGGAUUGGUGCUGUUCUCUUCAUUGCUUUAUGGCGGGAUUUGAAGGCUAAGAUGGGUUAGAGGCAGUUGGAGAUGUGGUGAUAUCUUUUUGUGAUGAUAGAAGAUGGGUUUCGAAAGCAAACGAGACUACGGUAACAAAUUUCCAGUCCGAGUGAAAUGACAGCUCAAACCGGUGUGCGCUGAUUCUGUUCUAGUCGAUCAUAGAGUGAUCAUCUGAGUUGUUCUUUGUAGAUCGAUAACGUGUAAUUACCGUCCCGUGAGCGGUAAGUCGCGGUCACAUAUGCAAUGAUAUCUGUACCUUGCACCCUUAC